AUGCACUAGUGUGGCUGCAGAGUGGUGUGUUGCUGUGUCAAUAUUAAUUAAUUAUUACAAGUAUACAGUGUGACUGUCCAUGAUGUUACCAACCCCCUCAAGCUUGACUGACAGAACACGACAAUGAAAGCUCGGCUUCGCUCCUUUCUUGGUCGACCACCAGUUGAACCACCACCUCGCUGGUGGCAAUUCUCUGCUGCAACUGACGGACACCAUUACAUGUGGAGGGGGGCUGGUCCAGGACGAGGGUCUAACAUCAUUGCUGUGUGUAAUCCAAGCACUGAGCUGUGGAGCCUCUUGCCCACCACUGGACCUCUACCCCCUGGAGAGGAGGGUGGUUGCUCUGUUUGUGUAGGUCAUUACCUGUACACCUUUGGUGGUUAUGAUGGGUCUUUUCAUUUCAAUGACAUGAGCAAGCUUGAUCUGGACACUCUCCAGUGGACCAAAGUUCAAUCCUCUGGUAGUCAGCCUAUGAAGAAGGCUGGUUAUGGACUUGUCCGUGUGAAUGAGAAAACUUUGGGCUGCUUUGGAGGACGCGGUAUUGGGGGCAUCACACAACCAGGAUCAACAUUCACCAGUGGAUACACAAACGAGUUCCAUUUCUUUGACACACAAAAUGGUGUCUGGUCGUCCCCUGAGCUCAGAGGAGAGAGACCUCCUCCCUGUAGUGGCUUCACCUUCACCAUGGUGGACCAGUAUAGGGCAGUCCUCUUUGGAGGGUACCAACCGGCUGGCCGUGGUAGUAGGGUCAAUGAAGUCUACCUGUUUGACUUCAGGACCAUGGAGGUCACUAGGGUGAAGCUAGUACAGGGAAAGCCAUGGCCAGUGGGGAGGUCAUUCCAUGCUGCCUGUUGUCUCAACUAUGGCCAGGACCACCUUCAACUACUGGUGUACGGAGGAGUGGGUAAUGGCAAGACACUGGGGGACAUGUGGUUACUUGAUGUUGACACUGGCAAGUGGACAGAGGUGACACCUCCGGAGUCAGUGACACCACGUCGCUUCCACUCCAUCACUGCCACCAGUCUGGGACCAGGACUCACUGAGGUCCUCGUGUUUGGAGGCAAUCUGGAGAAUCAUAAGAUUGUUGCUGAGACAACCAUACUGAGAUUUGAGUUGACUGGACCCUCAGCGUCUGUUGCUGGACCCUCGGCUGGGAAGUGGGCUCUCGUGGAUGUGGCCCACAACGACACUAGAGGCUCCGCCCAGCGACUGAGAGAGAAGAGGAUCAGACAAGCAAUUGUUCGUACCUCAUCAGUCAAUGAGACCAGUGACCACUCCUCUCAAGACCGGGUGAGGGCUCUGGAACAACAGUUGCGAGCAGCAGAGCAGAGAGAGCACGACACUCAACGUCACCACCAACUACAGUUGCAAGAGAAAGAUCGAGAAUUGGCUACACUAGCUAGAGAAUUGGCUGUAAAAGAUUGUGAACUAUCCCAGGCCAAUCGUCGCCAAGGAGAUACAGAAAGACAACUCAGAGAAGCUCAACAAAUUUUCCAAGAAGAAUUGGCUGAGGCCAACCAUCGCCACGGAGAUACUGAGACAAGAAACCAAGAAAUGACUGUUGAAAAUGAACGACUACAAGAAGACCUCCUAAGGUCAGACAGGAGAGCCCAGCUGGCAGAGGAGCGAGCAGAGGGUCUGGAGACUCAGUGGGUGGUCCAUCGCGAGGAUAUCACAAUGACAGAGAGACAGCUCGGUGGGGGAGGAUGGGGGAUCGUCAAAGUGGCCAAGUUCCGAGGAAUCGAGGUGGCAGCCAAGACACUGUAUGAGCAGAUCCGUUCCGACUAUUACCGACACUUGUUUAUUCGUGAGAUGAACAUGGCAGCUCGCCUGAGACACCCACACCUGGUCCAGUUCAUAGGAGCCACGCUGGAGGGGGAGAUGAUCAUCCUGACAGAGCUCAUGGCCACCAGUCUGAGGAGGGUGCUGGAGGGAGGUCGUAUCUCACGUGAACACAUCCUCUCCAUCUCUGUGCAGGUCUGUCAAGCCCUCAACUAUCUCCACCUCAUGCAGUCUGACCCAGUGAUCCAUCGUGACAUCAGCAGUGCAAACGUCCUCCUCAACCCUCUACCCGAUGGCCGCUGGAGUGCAAAGGUCACGGACUACGGCUCCGUGAACACACAGCGAAUGUUAAACACAAUGAACCCAGGGAGUCCUGUGUACGCUGCCCCUGAGGCCGGUAACCCGUCCCUCCAGUCAACCAAGAUGGACAUGUUCAGUCUGGGGGUGCUCCUGAUCGAGAUGUGCUCUGGCCAGUUUCCAAGUGAUGACGGACGUGAGCGCUUACUCCUCACCAUCCAAGACCGUCAGUUCUCUGACAUCAUCAGUCGCUGUAUCGAUAGAGAGAGAGACAAUCGACCAACCGCUCGACAACUGUUGAAUGAACUACAUUAGAACUGCACUAGAUAGAUAGUUUUUCCAUAUGUUAUUGUAUUUCUAUUUUCAUUUUGUGUAUUGAUUGCAAUUUUGAA